AUGUCCCCCUUCCUUCUCACAACACAGUCCGGCAUCGAUCCGGGAAGACACCCGUUCCUCAUCGGAAAGCCUCCGUUUCGCAGCUGGUGUCAGCCCAUAGCAGGAUGGACGGAGACGCCCAGGUCCCCACGCCCAUGCCGCCAGGCCGACGGCCGCAACGACCUCCAAAGACCCGGCCGCGCGUUGGAGCCGCUUGUGCUCGAUGCCAGAAGCGGAAGAUCCGGUAUUCUGAUCCGCAUUGCCAUGAGCAGCUAUGUCAACGGCCUGGAAACCCGGGUAAAGUGGCUCGAGUCUCUACUGCGGGAAAAGGUGCCCGGUAUCGCCCUAGACAGCCCCGACGAUGGGACCACGGGUCUCCCGUCGCCGGACCAAGGUAGCUCGGAGACCCAGGGCUCACUCCGCAAGAUCUCGGAGCAGAUAGGGCUUGUCUCCAUCGCCCCAGGGACAGAUAUGCGUUAUGUUGGCCCGUCAAGCGGCCUGUUCUUCACCAGAUAUGUCCUGGCAGGGCUCGCGAAGCAGGUUCGGAUCGAGAAACCGAUCGCCGAUGCGUCAGAUCAGCGCGCAGAGGUGCCUGCUGACCUGCUCGUGGUCCAACCGAAGGACUUGCCUUUAGACCAACGGCAAGCACGUUGGCUGUCACAGGCAUAUUUUGAUAUUGUUCACCCACAAUACCCUUUCCUGCAUGGACCAACCCACCUGGAAACCAUUCAGAAGAUUUACGAUGGCGAGGAGGUUGGCCCCAUACAAGAGUUCCAAACCUUCUUGGUCCUUGCCAUAGGGGCUACAAUCCACUCUCGUCGAGCCAAGUUGGCGCUCGGGGCUGAAGGAUACUACGCCUCCGCUAUGAGCCGGAUGGACUCGGUUUCCCAAUCUACGUCACUUGGAACAGCUCAAUGCAUAAUGCUCCUGGAAAUGUACACUCUCAACAACCCAUCCUCUGGCCUGAACCUGUGGCCUCUGCACUACCAAUCUCUGGCCAUCACGAUCGAGCUUGGGCUCCACCGAACCUUUCCCGUCAAGGUUCAUUCCACCUAUGAAGAACAGCUGCGCACCAGGGUCUUCUGGUGUGUCUAUACCAUUGACCGUUUGUUGAGCACUUUGAUGGGAAGGCCCAUGGGUGUAAUGGACGAGCAAUGCGAUCUACGGUUUCCGCUGGACAUAAACGACUGUGAUUUGUCACCGGCCCAAAAUGAUUGCACGGUUCGCCGGCCGACUAGCCCACCCACCGAGAUGAGCAGUGCGAUCCAUCUGUUCAAGGUCGCGAGGUUCAAUUCCGAAGUCAAAUGCGUCUUGUAUUGUGUCGACCGUAACUUCCCUCCAUACACUCGUCUGGCUGUUACCGACGCUGUCGGGUGGAAGGCUGAUAUCCUCAACCGACUAGAGGAAUGGAGACGCGAGAUUCCCAAGCACUCCGAAGGCAGCCCGCUCCACCAUAUGAACCUUCUCUGUGACAUCAAAUACCACGAGCUCGUCAUGUUGGUCCUGCGGCCGAACCCUCGGCUUCAACAGCCCGACCGCCAGUCACUCAGCCAAUGCUUUUCCAGCGCGAUGGACUGUUGCAAGCUCUAUCACCAGCUUUAUGUGAGCAAGUCACUGCACUAUGGCUGGAUGAGCGUCCACUCGCUCUUCCUAUGUGUCAUGGUCAUGUUCUACUGCGUGUGGACACCACAGGGGGUCGCAGACGACGCAAACGUCGACUGCCUCAUGCGUGCCCUGAAGGCCUCGUCUGACGUUCUGAGCGCGAUGGGUGAGUACUGGCCCGAGGCGACGAGGAGCCGUGAUAUCCUCGACCGCGUCUCGACUGCGACUAUCCGCCGCUUCUUCACAAAAUCCAAGCAAAGACAUGGCGACGCUGCGGCUACCGAUCCUCGACCGUCUUCAGAUCCUGUUCACAAUGGCAACCCGGGGACAUCCUCCGACUGGACUGGAAUCAGUCAGGCCUCAGGGCCCCUAGCUCCAACGGCCCUUGAUCACAGUGAGGGUAUUAGUGACCCAUUUCUGAACAACUACGGCGUCCAUGAUGAUGCAUUCAUGCCUGCUGAUGUACUUCAUUUCUUUUUGGGCAAUGGUAUGGACAUCGAUACCGGAGAUGGAGCUUCUGGUGACCAGAAUCAUGACGAAAUUGACGAAUUAAUGUACGGACAGUUUGGUGACAGUACAGGCAGUGGGCAAGCGGCAUAG